ACACAGCAACGCUGUUCCGUUUCCAAGCGCAACUCAAAAGCAAAACUGUACUCUUCUCGCUACCGUUCAUUGCAAAUCUCUCAGUCGUGAACAUCAUUCCCACUUUAUUUUCAUGACAGUGCCUUCUGAUGCUCGAGCCUUAUGUUAACGCACUAGCUGCUAUAUUUAAUUCUAGAGUCGUUUAUUUUCACUCGUCACGAUAAAACUCCGGAUCACCCUGCUGUAAUGGCUGAUUUUGGGUUUAAUGAGCACCAUCAGAAUGAGGUGAUAAUCUACAUGCGCUUUGCCCGCUCUAAACGGGCCUUGAGACUGAAGACAAUCGACUCCUGCUUCCAAGACUUGAAGGACAGUAGGCUCAUAGAGGAGACUUAUACAGUGGACGAGGUGUCUGACAUGCUUGACGGGCUGCAGGUGCUGGUGCAUGGAGAAGUGGAGAUGGAACUCAUAAACACAGCUCACACUAACGUCCUUCUGCUGCGACAACUCUUUUCCCAGGCGGAGAAAUUCUAUCUGAGACUGCAAACAGACAUUUCUGAGCUGGAGAACAGAGAGUUACUGGAACAAGUAGCUGAGUUUGAGAAGACUGAUUUCAAACCCAACAGCAAGGUAAAUCAGGAGUCCAGUAAGCCAAAAUUAGCACCGUUGAAUGAAGGAGGUGUCUCUGAACUACUCCAGAAGGAGAUUUCCAGACUACAAGAGGACAAUGACAAAUUGAAAGCUAGACUCAGAACUUUGGAAUCUCAGGCCAUGAGUGCUCUAGAUGACAAGUCCAAAGCAGAGAGAGCCUUGAAAGCCCUUCAAAAAAGCCAAGGAGAUCAUCAGUUUGCAAUGUGUGCUCAGGAGAUCGCAAAUCUGGAAGGCACAGUUGCAUCAAUGCAGGCUGACUUUGAAAAGACCCUGAAUGCCAAUGUUGCUUCUCAGAAAGACUUGCAAGACAGCCUGGUAUCCGCUAAACAUGACCUACUCCGUGUCCAGGAGCAACUUUCCCUUGCUGAGAAGGACCUGGAAAAGAAAUUUCAGCAGACGGCUGCAUACCGCAACAUGAAGGAGAUUCUCACUAAAAAGAAUGAACAUAUUAAAGAUCUGAGAAAGAGACUACAAAGGUAUGAAUCAGAUGAGUGAACAUUUAACCCACAGGACACAUAUGAGGAGGUCAACAGAGGGACUUUUAAUGCAUAUUAAAGGAAGUGGUCAUUUUUUGUUUAAAAAAGGUAUACAUUUCAAAAAGGCAAAGGACCAAAGUAUGAUCAACAAAAAUGAGCUGAGAUUCUUACACAGCUCUAUGCCUUCUUAUGUAAUUCCUCAUCGGCGAGAGGAUCACUACUUAUCAGCUACAACUUGUUGUACAAUUUAAUGGUUUACAAUAGUUUAGAAAUUGUAUUCAGACGUGACACAACAAUUGCUUAGUUAUUUAUCACCGGUUCUCUCUGUAUUCUUCAUUGUCUGCGGCUAGCUACCUGAGAGGUGCUUUUUGCAAGUACUUUCAUGUUUUUGGACAGAAGAUUGUGGGUUCACGUUGCUAAAGAGGAAACGUAAUGUCCAAGGCUUUGUUCUCAUCUUUCCUAGAGGAAUACAGCUUGACUCUGCUGUCAAAUUCUUGUUUUUAGGUCCAACAUACUUUAUUUUCAAAUAAGUAUAUAGCUGUGCAUUUUUUUUCAUU